AUGGCUAGAGCAUCUUUAUUCAAUGAAUCAAUCGUUGGAUAUGUAUGUAAUAUAUCUAAUGAACAUAAAAAGAAAAAAUUUUAUGUGAAAUUUACAAUGCAAUCGGAAAACAAUCGGCAAAUUGAUGGAUGGAUAUUUAGUGGAGUGAGUGGUAUUUUAAUAACAUCACUUGGUGUUGCAUUAACAAACUCGAUGAAAAAUCAUACAGGUUUACGCAUAUGGGGCAAGGUUGAAGAAGACAAUGGUGAUGAAAGUGGUACAGCUUAUUUGGCGACAACUGAUUUAGCUCCAAAUACAUUCUUAACAGAACACAGUUAUGAUUUAACCCAUGUACGUCGAAAAAUGUUCAAUGGUGUGCCGAUUCUGAGCACGACAAUCAACACGAACAUCUCAUCAUCAAGCAUUCCAGUUACUGCUGAUGUCAGUGAAGUGACAACAACACUUGCUAUCGAUUUAUCAGAUAAAAAAACUAUCAUCUCGUCAAUCGAAGAAGUUGGCACCAUUACACGAUCAAACGGAUGCUCAACUUGCAAAGGUGAUUUGACGGAUGUGAAUGGUGCUGCUGCUUUAGUCUAUUGUCAAAAAUGUCAACGUCAUAGUUUAAAGAAAAAUAUUGCUCACAAUAUUUCCACCACAAUAGCAAUCAAAGAUGGUGAAGAAAAAAUUGUUCUUUGGGUUGGCGGUCGUAUUCUGGAACAACUUCUGAUCCAUGUUGGCCUUUUAGUCACAGCGAGUGAUACAGAAAUUGCGAUGGCUUUACUUUCGGAUAUUAGUUUACGUUUUGAAUACAGCGUAUUAUGCAAAGAACUCAUCACCAUCUCGAUACCUUAA